GGGCAGCGGUAAGUGCAGUUGGAAGGAAGUUACGUCAUGUAAGUACCAUCAGAGGACCCAUCAGAGGGCAUUCUCCAAAAUGGCGGAUCAUUUUGAUGAGAAGAGCGGAGUUGUUCCAUCAGAAACCUCCUGGGGAAAUUGGGCGCAAACGAUUGAUGAAGUUUUCAUCGAGGUCAAUGUACCCAAAGGAACUAAGGGAAGGGAAAUUUCUUGUGAUAUCAAGCCAAAGAGUAUAAAAUUUUGCUUAAAAGGACAGGAGUUUUUCAAGGGAGAACUCUUUGGAACUGUUUUAGCCGAUGAAAGUACUUGGGUUUUAGAGGACAAUGAGCUUGUUCGAAUUAUUUUGGUGAAAUCUGGCAGAGAUGCAGCUAACUGCUGGCAUUCACUGUUAACAAGUGAAUAUUCUGCUGACCCAUGGACAUUUAAUGAAAUGGAAAAGAAGUUAACCUUAGAAAGGUUCCAAAAAGAGAAUCCUGGCUUUGACUUCAGCAAAGCUGAUAUAUCUGGAAACUAUUCUGGAGGAGGUCCACAAUUUCCAAGCUGACAAAACAUCCUAGCUUUACAAAUAGUUGAACAAGUAAAAACACAGAAAGCCUGAAAAUAAACUAUAGCUAACCAAAUGCUGUCAAGGGUUACUAGUCACCUCACCACCAGGAUGUCUCGCCACCAAGCGAAGUCUCCUCGCCACCAAAGUACUAAUGAUCUAAUAACAUUAAACUGAAAUUCGUUUUACUUUGUUUAGUUGUACAACUCACACAGCCCAUGUAAGGUUGAAGUUGUUCAAUCGUUUAGCCAAAGCCUUUUAUGAAACACUUAUGAAAGCUUAAAUGCAAACACAACAGCAAAGCAACUGAGCAAUAACAGCACAGUCAGUUCUCAAAGAUAUAUACAUGUAGUUGAAUUCUAGAAAGCUAUGGUUUCUUGCUAGACAACGGAGCACAUUUCAUGUCACCGACAGCAUGUUGACAUCGAAAUUUGGAAACAGACAAGCUAACAAACUUAUAAGUUGAUUGACAUUGUACUCGCUCUAACACCUAAUGUACCUCGACUACUUUACUCUAGUUUAAUUUUCUCUUGGUGUUUGGUGGCGAGGAGACUUGUCUUGGUGGCAAGUUCGUUGGUGGCGAACUUCCCAGGUGGCUAGGUGACCGGAUACCCUGCCAAGAUGUUUUAUAAUUGCUUAUUAGAACUUAUAUAUGUUAUACUAUUCUGCAAAUGUUUGCUAGCAUCCUUUGAAAUAUUAAGCUUGCCUUAGUUUAUUCACAAUAUAGACAAUAUAAUUACUCUUGGGUUUUGCAUUUUGGUUAAAGAUCCAUCAUCAAAAGUCACAGAACUGAAGAGAAGGAACUACAGUUAACAUACAGCUCAAUUUUCUGCAUUCUUCUUUAAACAUUUCACCAGUUUCAUUUGGGUAAUUCCUGGCUGGAAGUCACAUGCUGUUCACUAUAUAUGCUUGAUAUUAAAUCAGAAAGUCAAUGGUACCGUUGAAGUCAUUAGACAAAGUCAUCUCAACUCAUUUUAGUUAGCCAAAGCAUGAGCAAAAUUAAGAAGUAUUUUAAAACAAUGCUAUGGUAACACAAUAAAAUUACUUGUGAUCAGUUACCAGUACUUUGACGCAUAGCUGGAGAGAACCUAAUCAGGUUGUUGGAAAAAAAAUGGAAGGGAUUAAAAAUACCUGGCAAUUAGCUAAGAGCUAACUGCAACUCUUCAUAAAAAGACCAAGACAAUUUGAAACAACAAUGUUUCCAUCAAUUCCAAACCUGCUCAUUUUCCCCUCCCCCCACCCACUCCUUC